UCCUCUCCCCCGUGCCGCUCCUCCAGCCUGGCCGAGGCGAGCUUAGCUCCGAACAGCGGCUGUGCCGGAGCGGCUGCCGCGGUGCCCGGCCCCUGGAUGAGAGACACUUCACUGGCAAAGUGAUUUAAGUGAUUUUCUAGCAUGGACACUGUUGCUAGCCACAGCUGUCAUCUUCUGCAGCAGCUACAUGAACAGCGCAUUCAGGGGCUUCUCUGUGACUGCAUGCUGGUGGUGAAGGGUGUCUGCUUCAAAGCACACAAAAAUGUGUUAGCUGCUUUCAGUCAAUAUUUCAGGACCCUUUUCCAGAAUUCUUCAGGCCAGAAGAAUGAUGUGUUUCACUUGGACAUCAAAAAUGUAGGUGGCAUAGGCCAGAUCCUGGACUUCAUGUACACCUCCCACCUGGAUCUCAGUCAGGACAAUGUACAAGCUAUGCUGGACAUUGCACAGUGCCUCCAAGUGCAAAAUGUGCUGAACAUUUGCCACACCUUUUUAAAGUCUUCCACAGCUGUGGAACAGGCAGCCAGCAUGCCGUGUAGCAGUGUAUUUUCACUGCAGAACACUUUGGGGACGGAUACCAGCUGUGCCAGUGACAGCUAUGGGACAAACCUACUGCCUGAGUGCUCAGCUGACAGACAAACUAACAAAGUCUUGGCUGAGCAGCACUCUCAGUCUGUUAAUCUGCACACCCCGUCAGGUGAUGGACAGAAAGCACCACAAGAUUCCUUAGAUGGCAACUGCACAGAGCUCCCAUUUAAACAACCAAAUUACUACUAUAAACUACGCAACUUUUACAGCAAACAGUUCUAUAAACAAAACGCUUGCUCUGAUCACGAGAGAGGAGCAGAACCAUCCUUUUCUUACAGCACAUCCACAGAAAUAAACACAGUGGAGAAUAAUUCUUGCACUGUCAAUCACUCUGAGUGUAUUCUGGAAACCUCUGAGCAUUUACCAUCAAACUUUCUGGUUCAGUCUGCAAGUGAAGCUGCUCCAGACCAAAACGCAGAGAGCGCAGUUAUGCAGCCCACCAGACAGAUGCGGCUGAAAAAGGCAGUACACCUCAAAAAGUUAAAUUUUCUAAGAUCUCAGAAAUCAGCAGAGCAGCCCCCUGAGCCCCAAAGAGAUGACAGUAGAAUAACAGAAGUAAUUGAACCUGUAAAUGAAAGUACUACGGACACAACAGAUGUUAGAGUUACUGAUGAAAAAGAAGCUGAAGAUUUGGUGAAUUCAGAGAAUUUUGAACAAACUGUUGAAGUGGAAAGAUCUCAAGGUCCUUUGGAACAAGAAGGACAAUCACAGACUCUUCAGUCACAGAAACAAUAUACUUGUGAAUUAUGUGGGAAGGCUUUCAAACAUCCAAGCAAUUUGGAGCUACAUAAAAGGUCUCAUACAGGUGAGAAACCUUUUGAAUGUAACAUUUGUGGGAAACACUUCUCACAGGCAGGUAACCUCCAGACACAUUUACGUCGACAUUCUGGUGAGAAGCCAUACAUUUGUGAAAUCUGUGGGAAAAGAUUUGCUGCUUCUGGUGAUGUUCAGCGUCAUAUAAUUAUUCAUUCUGGAGAAAAACCUCACCUGUGUGAUAUCUGUGGCAGAGGUUUCAGCAACUUCAGUAAUUUAAAGGAGCACAAGAAGACCCAUACAGCAGAUAAAGUAUUCACCUGUGAUGAAUGUGGGAAGUCAUUUAAUAUGCAACGAAAAUUGGUAAAGCACAGGAUAAGGCACACUGGAGAGAGACCAUACAGCUGUUCAGCUUGUGGGAAGUGUUUUGCGGGCUCUGGUGACCUGCGCAGGCACGUGAGGACGCACACGGGGGAGAAGCCCUACACGUGCGAGACCUGCAGCAAGUGCUUCACGCGCUCGGCCGUGCUGCGGCGGCACAGGAAGAUGCACUGCAGAGCCGCUGGGGAGGAACUCACUCACGGGCUUGAAGCCCCCGACCUGGACAAGUCCCAGAGUUCCGACUCUUUUGGCCCAGAGAUGUCUGUUACGUUGUUACCAGUGUCUGUUAAGUUUCCCAUUCACCCGGCUGGAAACUCCCCGGAAUUUGACGGUUCCGCGGAUUCUUACUGCAAGCUGCGAUCGAUGAUCCAACACCACGACUCGGCAGACGCGGAGAAACUCGGCGUGGGUUCUGCUAAGCUGCUGAAAGCCCAGGCCCAGCAGAGUCCAGCACCAGCCCCUCCGUAUGCGUACGCAGAGGUGGAUGUGUCUGCAGCAGAGGAGCCCUUGCAGGCCGAUGCCGUUCCCAUGAUCCGCUCCGCUGCCAGCCUGGACUGCGCCGAGCCCCUGGGCGGCCGCGCCGCCUCUGCCGCCUACAAGAGCCACGAGGGCCCCUUCUUCUCCAGCAUGACCCUCUGGGGCUUGGCCAUGAAGACCUUGCAGAAUGAAAGCGAAUUGGAGCAGUGAGGGCUCAGCUGACUGCACCAAAACUCCUUGGAGGCAUUUCGUGCUAACGUGGUUGCAAUUGCACUGAGCACAGAGAGAUCGCGGAGAGUUUUUAGACCAGGUGGCUUGGACACUGACAGGAAUCAGAGUGCUCAUUGUCAUUCCCGGAACCACAUGUAGGCUGCCUUUAUUUACACUGCUUCUCA